CUUAGUUUAUUGGAAAGUUCUCGACUCCCAAAACAAACCAGUGACUCCAUGGGAAGAGCACCUUGUUGUGAGAAAAAUGGGCUCAAGAAGGGGCCAUGGACUCCAGAAGAAGAUCAAAAGCUCAUAGAUUAUAUUCACCAGAAUGGGUAUGGAAACUGGAGAACACUCCCGAAGAAUGCCGGACUCCAAAGAUGUGGAAAGAGUUGUCGGCUUCGCUGGACCAACUAUCUGAGGCCUGAUAUCAAAAGAGGUCGAUUCGCUUUCGAAGAGGAAGAGGCUAUUAUCCAACUUCAUAGCAUUUUGGGAAACAAGUGGUCCGCCAUUGCUGCUCGUUUACCAGGAAGAACCGACAACGAAAUCAAGAAUUACUGGAAUACCCACAUAAGGAAAAGGCUUCUUCGUAUGGGAAUCGAUCCAGUGACUCACAAUCCUCGGCUCGAUCUCCUCGACCUCUCCUCAAUUCUCAGCUCAUCUCUCUACAACUCGUCUCAAGUGAACCUGUCAAGGUUGCUAGGCGUUCAACCCCUCGUUAACCCAGAGAUACUAAGGCUGGCCUCUUCGCUUCUCUCUUCUAACCACGAAAACCCUAAUUUUCUUGCACAAAAUGUUCAAGAAAAUCAGAUGUCUCGUGACGUGCUUCAAAGCACUGAAUUGCCACCAUUGGUGCAACCCAAUAACCAAUUUGAUCAAACCCCAGUUCAAGAAAUUCCAAAUUGUGCUAUGUUGAGUACGCCUUGUGUUCCAAUUUCUAGUGAAGCCCAGCUCAUGGGACCAAACAUGGAGCAAUUCUCGUCAGAUUUUACCAGUUUUAGCUCCCAAAAUUGCCAAUUGAAUGAGUGGCAAAGCAAUGGAAUGGCUUCAAAUUUAACACAAGACUACGGACCUGUAUCAGAUUACGGCUAUUUCGAGUCGGACCAAAGCAUCAUGGAUCCUCCACCAUCCGAAAACUCAAAUUUCCAAUCCCACGAUAGCAAUAGCUUCAGCUUUGCAUCCGUUUUCUCGAAUCUAUCAACGCCGUCGUCGAGCCCGACGCCGUUGAAUUCGAGUUCGACGUACAUCAACAGCAGCAGCAUUGCUACUGAAGAUGAGAGAGAAAGCUACUGCAGCAACAUGAUGUUGAAGUUCGAAAUGCCAGAAAUGUUUGGUGUUAGUGAAUUCAUGUAAAUGAGUUGGAAAAAUCAAACUAAUGUUUCUUUUAUAAUUUCUUAA